UGCUUUGCUUGCUUAGGCGGCCGGGAAUUUUUCACUUCUUACCUACUGAAAAUUGCGAUAUCAGCGAUGCCAUAAACUCCAUACAAUUUUCAUAAACUCUCCUAAUGUUACACUAAUAAUGAUACCGAGGACUCGACUACUAUCAUUACGGUUAUGUCACCACCGUAUAAAUGGAAUCCGACCACUUUCAACUUCAUACCCUGACGAAAUCAAUCGUAAAUCGCUUAUAAGUACCCUAAGCACCACCAGCAAAGAUCGAAUCUCCAAACAAGAUUUCCCCAUAUUACACAAUUCUGAGUCAAGAGAUGGAUUUUUACGAUAUUUAGUGGAUUUCAACUAUGACAUACUCGCUUGGAAGUACUGUGAACUCCUCAAGUAUCAUAAAUUCCCAUUAACUAACACUACAUAUAUAUUAUUGAUGCGAUUAUUAACUUCUUCAUCUGAUCAUCAAAGUAUAACUAAUGCCAUAUAUAUUUAUUUAGAAGCCAUGAGUCACUAUAAACUCGAUUCUCAUAAUUUGGUCCAACCGUUAACUUCUACUGAAAAAUAUUUAUUAACUAGAGAUUUACUUAAAGUACUUUCGAAAUCCAAUGACUUCACCACCGUCUAUAUAUUAAAUACUAUUUGGAAGAUAUUCCUUAGAGAGGUUAGUAAAAAAGAUGAUUUAAAAGUGUUAUACCAUGCCACAUACCUUGGGAUUAUGUUAAACAGUGGUCAGAACGAGUUAGCAGUGAAAUACUUCGAAGAUUUAUUACUUAAUGAACCAGAUAUAAAUACUAAUGUAUUACCUAUCUCGACAAUACUAGACAAACUUAUCCAAGAUAAGGAUUCUGAUACUCUUGUAACAAUAAUUAGAAUGCUCAUAGAUCAUAAUAUUAUCGUUGAAGAUAUUCAAUGGAUACAGAUUCUAGAACAAGCAGUCAAUGCUAAUGACUAUGAAUUGGUCUUGUUAGUCUACGAUAGUUUUGUUAUGAGAGGGUUUAAGGAUUCCAAGAUUUCCAUAGAAGAUGCCAUAUUCCAAGACUUGAAGUCUAAAGAUAGUGGGCUCAAUAAGAUCAAUGAUCAAUUGAUUCAUCAAAUGUUACAUACAUUAAGUUCUAAUGGAGAUGUUCAACUGACUCUAAGUUUAAUAGAAUCUCAUUAUCUUCAUAAGACUGCCAAGGGAGAACGAGCAUUAAGUAAAGAUUUAUGUCUCAUUAUAAUCGAUUCCUAUUGUAAUUAUGAUGAUAAUGAUAAUGAAAUUGAUUUAGAUAUUGAAGAUAAUAAUGUAAAGCAAGUACUUAAUGUAUUAAAUGGAUUAGUUGAGAAACUUCAAAAGGAUUCAACAAAUGAGGCAUUAACUUAUCGCGAUAUUUGUUCAUCAUUAUCCAUUCGAUUUUGGAAGUAUUAUACCUAUGAUGAACAUAUUAAUAAGGCUAGUAUUAAACGACAAGAGAUUGAAGAAUCAAUAAGGAAUUCGGAAUAUGGUCAACUGUAUAUCCCCAGAAAGGUAUCCAAUGAAAAUAUCUCAAGAUCAAAGUAUGGAAAUAUGCUCUCAAACAUGAGUAUUCUUAAUAAUUUCAUUCAUAUUCAUAUCAAUUAUAUGGUAUCUCAACCGGAAUUUAAUAAACAAACUAUUACAUUAUUCAUUAAUUGUUUAUUGGAACAUAUAAAUAUUUAUCAAAAUUUCACAGCCAUUACAAAAGUAUUACAAACAUUAUAUCAUCUCAAUUCCAAUUACAUUGUGGAAUGGUUAGAUAAUGACCUGUUUGAAAUAAUUCUAAAUUCCUUAGCUGAAUGUUCGGCUGGGAAACAAUGUUCGGUUGUUUUAUUCAAUUAUUUUAAGAACAAUAACAUUCCCCUUCACCAUCACCAUUAUGCGGCAUUGAUCUCGGCCAAUCUUCGAGGCAAUGUCCAUAAUGGACUCCAAUAUUUCUUGUAUCACUAUUUGAAAGAUUAUGGAAUACAUACCAAUAUGUUGAAAUCAGUAGAACUGAUUAAAGAAGAGAUCAUAGCUAAUUCCGCUACUGCUAAAUUAUUGAAUUACAUUGAAUCAAACCCUCGGACUGUCCCUCUGGUCGAAGAGUUAGAUGAUUUCUGGAUUAACAAUAACUUAUGUCUUGAUCCUACUCGGAUCGGGAAGGAAGAGGAAGAGAAUAUUAAGCUAAAGAAUAGAAAGUACUAUAGAGACUUUGAUGUUAGAGAUUCAGAGGUUCUAGUUAAUGUUCUUAACCGAUAGAUCAUAUAUAUUUUAAUGUACAUAGAUUUAACCAUCUACAG